GUCUCCCCUCCAUUUCCUCACGCGCCACCGGCAGCGCCAAGAGCCAGUCGUCGAGCUCUGCUCAUGCUCAUGCCGAGCGACCAUCCGGAGCCGCCGGCCCUGGCGCCGUUGGAUCUCGAAGCCCACCCGGCGCCGCCCCCGGCCAAGGGUGGCGGGGGCAAGAUGCAAAGGCUGCUCAGGUCGGCCUUCAAGCGCGGGGAGGAGACGGACCAGCUGAGCCGGUCGGCUUCCGAGUCGUCGUCUUCGGCGGGGAGCAUCGGCCGCACGCCGUCUGGAAGGCGGGCCGGCCGGCGCGGCGGCGACGUCGACGGCGACCGCUCCAGUCGCGAGAGUUUCGAGGCCCAAGGUUCUAAGAACGGCAAGCUGCUCUCUGCGCUGCGCGACGCCAAGAUCGGCCACGCGUACGAGCCGUUCCCGUGGGAGAAGAAGAUGAGGGAGCUGCUGCCGGUGCCGGAGGCGAGCAGCUUCCUCUCGCUGCUGCUGCUGCCCAAGGCGACGGACGGGUCCAACACGCGGUACAACGCGCUGGAGGACACCCUGGCGCGCGCGGACGCGUGGCUGCUGUCGUCGCAGGCCUCGGGCGUGCCCGUGGUGUUCAUGAACGUGCAGACGGAGGCGCUGCUGACCAAGAUCUCCGGCGAGACGGCGGUGUCGACCGUGAACAUGGCGUCGCUGUCGGACCUGGCCGGCAUGGCGAACGCGAGCCUGUACGGCUUCGAGGACUACCACGGCGUGGACAUCGGCGUGGUGCGGGCCGUGCGGCUGUGGUACACGGCGGCGGCGGGCGAGGCGGCGCUGGAGCUGCGGCUGUGCCCGGGAGACACGCGGCUGGGGUUCGCCAUCAGCCGCACCGAGGAAGGGUUCAUCUACGUCUCGUCGGUGGCGGAGGAGGGCACGCCGGGCGUGGCGUCGGCGCGGUCGGGCCUGCUGGAGCUGCACCGCGCGGCGCGCGGGGCGUCCAAGCUGCUGGUCGUGUCCCGCGUCGGCGGCGAGAAGGUGCUGCCCUGGAUGGUGUCCACCGCCGGGAACGUCAAGUGCUUCGACACCGUGUCGCUGAGCCAGAAGCUGUCGCUGCACCGCCACGCGCUCCGCCCCAUCACGCUGCAUUUCCUCAUGUGGGACCGCGACCUGGCCGCGGCGCUGGCUAAGGAUGCCGACGUCGAGAAGCCGCCACCUGUGGUCCUGCUUCCAUCCGUGGCGGCGGCGGACGAGCUCGACGGCGACAGCAGCGGCGGGCCGGGGCUCGAUGGCAAGGACUCGAGGGACUCGUCGUUCAGGUUCCAGAACAUCGACCUCCCGGACAGCUGGUUGUGACUUGUGAAUUGUGUAACCAACCAUUUCCUUACCUUUUUCCCCCUUCUUUUUUUAUGAUAAGAAGUUGAAGCCUGUUCUUCUUUCUAUGCUAAAAAGUUGAGAACGGUUAAUUAUGUAAGCAUGAUGGCAGUAAUUAAAGGGGUAUCAUACCAAGGUGUGUUGUUAGC